AUGUAAAUCUAGAGUAGAGAAUAAUCAAAGGCACUAUAUGAACCUUUAAUGAAAAUAGAAAACACAGCAUUUGGAAGUAGAGAAAAUAAUUAUCAAUUGAAUAAAUCUCAGAAGGAUGUGAUGCUGCAAGAAAAGAUUAAUAUAAGCCUCAAAGAUAGUAAAUAAAAGUAAGAUUUUAAUGAAAAAGAGAAUAGGAACAGUAUCUCAUUGAAUGAAAGGUAAAACAAUCAAACUACUUAAGCCUUUAAUCUUUCAUCGCAACCGAAUCAGUUGCUUCAGUAAGUCUUUCUGAUGUUAGCAGAAAUAAAGAAUCAAAAUUAAUACCUGAUCGAAAGAAACACUGAAUUAGAACAAACAAUAAACCAAGAGAUUAAGCCAAUGAUGAGGGAUGGAUUCAUUGAAUUGAGAUCUGAAAUAAGAGAUGUCAAAAGGAAAAUUAAAACUAAAGAAAAUGAGCAGGUUAAAAGAUACAGAUUCAUGCAGACUAGAGCUCAUAGAAAGUUCUAAUCUACAUAGAAAUUAUACACAGUUAACUAAACGGAGCCCUCUUAAGAAGAGGAAUCACAAAAAGGAUAGGAUGAAAGAUUGCAGCUAGAUGUAAAUGCUGAGAGCACCUUUAUGAGAAAAUUGGAGGAAACUGUUUAAGAUUAAAAGCCAAUAACUGAUGAUAUGAGAUUCAGUAUUGGUGCAAAUCUUUUGCAAAUGAUGCAAUAAAAUUCUUUAAAUCAGCAGAAGAAGCCUAGAGUCAGAAAUUUUAACUUUAGAUGCAAUCUUAAAGAGAUCGACAAGAUCAUAGAAGAGGAACUUGGCGAAGGAAAUGGCUAAGAUCAAUCUAAUUAUGAAAUGAGUGUGAAUGCUAGUCCAAUGAACAAACUUUAAUUUGAUUAGACUAUUGAAAAGCAGAAUCGAGAAAUUGAGGAAGCUGAAGCAAGAGAAUUUAAUCAGAAUAUGAAUAUAAUGAACUCAAAUGAUGGAAAAAAUACUUCAUUCAAAAUUCAGAUGCAAAGACCCGGCACUGGUAUGAGGGUUGAUGGGCCUAGACAAAGAAAGAUGUGGGGAGUCAAUCCAAGAAAAAGUAUAAAAGGCAGACCGAAGACAGGAGCAGCUCAGAAAAUAAAUAAAACAGACAUCACAAGAUUAUCAUCUGAAGAUCCAAUCCUUGCACUCCUCAGAUAAUAAUAAUCUUAAGAAUAGCCUUAGAUUUAAUCAGUCCUUGAAAUUGAAGGGGAAAAUAAAAUUGAAAGCAAUAACUAUAUAUAGAAUAAAAGCGUAAUUGACUAAAUUCAGGAAUUGAAAAUAGAAGAUUUAGAAGUCGAAUUUAAGGCUAUAGAGAAAUAGAAACCUCAAAUAAUUGAAGAGACUAAAUAAUCUCCCCAGCAGUAAUAAAUAAAUUAAUAAUAAUAGAAUCCACAACCAUAGUAACGUCGAGGUAAUUUACCAGUUAGAAGAGGAAUGUUUAAAGCACCUCCUUCUAAUCUAAUUGAAUCUUUAUUGAUGGAAGAUUCUCACACAGAGGAAAUUAAAAAUUAAAAACUUACUGAAUUGCCUGAAACUAAAAAAGCAAUUACUCCAAUCAGAAUUCAGAGGAAUUUCAUAGGAAACAUGAAAGUGAACAAUUUCGUUGUUGAUAAAUCUAAAUCUAGAUCAAGAAGUAGAGCUAGGCAUUCAAACAACUAGCCUAAGAGUACUAGUAAUAAUAAAUAAAAGCAAUUAUAAGCAAAGAAAUUUGGACCAAUAAAUUUCUGCGACAAUGAUUCAGAAGAAGAUUAAGAAGCUGAGCAAAAUCCUUUUUAAUUUACUCGAGGUAUGAUAAACUUCACCAAAAACUAAAAUCAAGCAAAUGAGGCUGAGAGUGAUAAGUUUACCGACACUGAGAAAGGCGGUGCAUUCUUUAUUAAUGAUUAGGGCAAGAAUAAGAAAAAUGAUUCUGGAGACUUUAAUCUGCUUUGA